AUGGGGCACUUGUCCUACCAGUGUGACAAGCUGUUAGGAGACAAGGAGAUGAUAACUUUCCUCCAGCGGGAACGCUACGACGUCGCUAUUCUUGAUGCUUUUAACCCCUGCUCCUUCAUCCUGGCACACAAACUUGGUGUCCAAUAUAUAGCUUUGUACCCUGGUACUCUGAAUGGUCCUCUGUCCAUCGCCCUCCCCAUUUCAGUGUCCUUCGUCCCAGUCUCCUGCUCCCAGCUGUCUGACCACAUGGACCUCUGGGGUCGUGCAAAGAACCUCUUUUAUUCACUUCUGGCUCCAAUCAGUCAGGAACUUUUAUGGUCGAUGUUUAGAGAUGUUGCUGAGCGCCACCUGGAGUCAGGCUCACCCCCUGGUGGUCUGGAUGAGUUACACCAACGAGCUGAACUGUGGGCCUUCAACAGCGACUUUUCUCUAGAGUUCCCUCAGCCUCUUAUGCCCUUCACUGUGCUGGUUGGGGGUCUUCUGAAUAAACCUGCAAAGCCUCUGGAUCAGGAUCUUGAAUCGUGGAUCUCCAGUUUUGGAGAGGCAGGUUUUAUUGUUGUGACCCUGGGAUCUAUGGUGUCCUCAGUCUCUGUGGACCCGCUGCUGGUAGAGUUGGUAGCUGGAUUCUCCAUGAUUACACAGGGGGUGAUCUGGAGGUAUGACCCUAAGCGAUGGCCACCUCACCUGGACAAACCCGCCAAUCUCAGGCUCCUGGACUGGCUCCCUCUCAAUGAUAUGUUGGGCCACAGAAAAGCAUGCCUCUUUAUUACCCACGGUGGACAGAACAGUCUUCUUCAGGCAGUGUACCACGCUGUUCCAGUGCUGGGAAUCCCUCUGUUUGGAGACCAGUUUGAUAAUGUGGUGAGGGCUGAAGCAAAGGGGCUAGGCCUCACCAUCAACCCCAAACAAAUAAGCAGGGGACUGCUCAGCUCCACUAUUCAAACACUCAUACAGGACGGCAGGUUCAAGUCUUCAGCUUUGUCCCUUAGCAGGAUCCACAAAUCACAUCCUGUCCCUCCCACGCUUCGUCUAAUCCAGUGGGUGGAGCACAUUCUGCACAGUGAAGGUGGAGCUCAUCUCAAGCCGGCCUCACUGACGCAGCCGUGGUACCAGAGAUACCUGUUGGACCUGGUGCUUCUUUUUUCGCUGGUGCUACUUGGACCUUUAGCUCUCUGCUGGACUAACUGUAGGAACAAGAACAGCAGGGAUAAACACCAAAAAAUACAAUAGUAACACUAAGCGUUGCCUCAGGGGAACU